AUGGACUCGCCCAACCAUCCGCGUUCGGAUACCCCUUCUCACUCUUUCCAGCGCACCCAGACUCUUUUGUCUGAUUUCGAUAGGUUCACACUGGAGCAGAUGAUGGGGCUGAUGAGUCCGGGCCUACCGGAGACCCCGCCGACGAGAUGUUCCGGCGACGGCGGUGGUGGGAGAGGCGGCGGCAACGGUGGUGGUGGGAGGGGCGGCGGCAACGGCGGUGGGGGGAGGGCCGGCGGCGACGGCGACGGGGAUGGCAGCGGCAGCGGCGGUAGUCCGGGCCUACCGGAGACCCCGCCGACGAGAUGUUCCGGCGACGACGGUGGUGGGAGAGGCGGCGGCAACGGUGGUGGUGGGAGGGGCGGCGGCGACGGCGGUGGGGGGAGGGGCGGCGGCGACGGCGAUGGGGAUGGCAGCGGCGGUAGCGAGUCGGGGUGGGCACUACACCAAAGACGAGUCGAUUGCUGUGGCGAGGGCAUGAGAUGA